AUGAAAGGUUGGGAUCUCUUCCAAUUAGAUGUGAACAAUGCUUUUCUACAUGGGGAUUUGCAUGAGGAGGUGUACAUGGAAGUUCCACAAGGUUUACAGGUUGACACACCAGGUUUUAUAUGCAAAUUGAAGAAGUCCUUAUAUGGACUAAAACAAGCCAGCAGGCAAUGGUAUGAUAAAUUAACAGAAUCUUUGUGCUCAAAAGGAUAUGUGCAUUUUGUUAGUGACUACUCAUUUUUCUAUAAGAAGAAUGGCUCCUCAACUCCAUUUGUGGCUGUGUAUGUGGAUGAUGUAAUCCUCACGGGGACAGACUUGGAGGAGAUCAAUGCUUUGAAGAAGUUCCUACACAACAAGUUCAAGAUCAAAUAUCCGGGCAAGCUGCAUUAUUUCUUGGGCCUAGAAGUGUUCUAUAAAGAUGAUGGAGUGCUCAUUUCACAAAGAAAAUUUGCUAUAGAUCUGUUAAAGGAGUAUGAUUGUCUGGGGUGCACUACAGUCUCUUCUCCACUUGAUUGCACAAUUAAGUUGAAGGCAACUGAAGGAUCCUUACUGACAGAUCCCACAUAUUAUAGGAAACUUGUGGGGAAGCUCAACUUCCUCAUAAACACAAGACUUGACAUAACAUAUAGUAUGAAACAUCUGAGUCAAUUCAUGCAAUCGCCUAGAGAACCACAUCUUAAAGCUACAAUACUUGUUCUUAGAUAUUUGAAUGUUAAUCCCACACUUGAUAUUUUGUUGUCCAAUAGACCUGACUGUACCUUAAAAGCUUAUUGCGACUCAGAUUGGGUUGUCUGCCCUGAUUCUAGAAGGUCUGUGAGUGGCUAUGUAGUUCUGCUUGGAGAGAGUCCCAUCAGUUGGAAAUCCAAGAAGCAGGACAUAAUUUCUUUAUCGUCGGCAGAAGCUGAAUACAAAUCAAUUCAAAAGGUAGUUGGUGAGUUGAUAUGGAUAAGGAGACUGUUGGAAGAAUUAACUGAUGCAUGCCAGAAACCUAUUCAUGUUUCCUGUGACAGUCAAGUUGUUGUACACAUGACAAGGAACCCUGUGUUUCAUGAGCGUACAAAGCACAUAGAAGUCGAUUGUCAUUUCGUGAGAAUAAGCUGCAAGAUGGUCUGA